GGGAGGAGGGGAGGGAGGGGAGGGGGACUUGGGCAGGCUCCCGCUCCGCUCAGCUCCACUCCGCGCACCCACGCCUCGCUGCUCCGCUUCGUGCCCCCGACCCGGGCAUGCGCCCCCCCGGAGCCCCCCCGGGCCGCCCCUCGAGCCCGCCGCCGCCCCCUCCACGAGUUCUCUCCAGAGCCGACUGCGCAGGAUGGGCGCCCUCGGUCCCAAGCCGCCGCCGCUGCUGCUGCUGCUAAUGCUGGGAGUCGGCUGCUGCGCCCGGGAGGUGCUGGUCCCUGAGGGGCCCCUGUACCGUGUGGCUGGCACAGCCAUCUCCAUCUCCUGCAACGUCAGUGGCUACGAGGGUCCCGCCCAGCAGGACUUUGAGUGGUUCCUGUACAGGCCCGAGGCCCCAGAGGCUGCUCUGGGCAUUGUCAGUACCAGGGACCCCCGGUUCUCCUACGCUGUCUUCGGGCCCCGAGUGGCAGCUGGUGAGGUGCAGGUGCAGCGUCUGCAGGGUGAUGCCGUGGUGCUCAAGAUUGCCCGCCUGCAGGCCCAGGAUGCUGGCAUUUACGAGUGCUACACACCCUCCACUGAUGCCCGCUACCUGGGCAGCUACAGCGGCAAAGUGGAACUGAGAGUUCUUCCAGAUAUGCUGCAGGUAUCUGCUACCCCACCAGGGCCCCGAGGCCGUCAGGCCUCAACUUCACCCCCUCGCCUGACGGUGCACGAGGGACAAGAGCUGGCCCUGGGCUGCCUGGCUCGAACGAGCACGCAGAAGCACACACACCUGGCUGUGUCCUUCGGGCGAGCUGUGCCCGAGGUGCCAGUGGGGCGAGCGACUCUGCAGGAGGUGGUGGGACUCCGGCCCGACCUGGCUGUGGAGGCCGGAGCUCCAUAUGCUGAGCGGCUGGCUGCGGGGGAGCUGCGGCUGGGCAAGGAGGGGACUGAGCGGUACCGCAUGGUGGUGGGGGGAGCCCAGGCGGAGGAUGCGGGCACCUACCAUUGCACUGCCGCCGAGUGGAUUCAGGAUCCUGAUGGCAGCUGGGCUCAGAUUGCAGAGAAGAGGGCUGUCCUGGCCCAGGUGGACGUGCAGACGCUGUCUAGCCAGCUCGCAGUGACAGUGGGGCCUGGUGAGCGCCGGAUUGGCCCAGGGGAGCCCUUGGAGCUUCUGUGCAAUGUGUCAGGGGCCCUGCCCCCACCAGGCCGUCAUGCUGCGUACUCCGUGGGCUGGGAGAUGGCACCUGCAGGAGCACCUGGGCCUGGCCGUCUGGUCGCCCAGCUGGACACAGAGGGUGUGGGCAGCCUGGGCCCUGGCUACGAGGGCCGGCACAUUGCCAUGGAGAAGGUGGCUUCCAGAACCUACCGGCUACGGCUGGAGGCCGCCCGGCCUGGGGAUGCGGGUACCUACCGCUGCCUCGCCAAGGCCUAUGUCCGCGGGUCUGGGGCCCGGCUUCGUGAAGCAGCCAGUGCCCGCUCCCGGCCCCUCCCUGUGCACGUGCGGGAAGAAGGUGUGGUGCUAGAGGCUGUGGCCUGGCUAGCAGGAGGCGCAGUGUACCGUGGGGAGACGGCCUCCCUGCUCUGCAACAUCUCUGUGCGGGGCGGCCCCCCAGGGCUGCGGCUGGCUGCCAGCUGGUGGGUGGAGCGGCCAGAGGAGGGAGAGCUGAGCUCUGGCCCUGCCCAGCUGGUGGGUGGCGUGGGCCAGGACGGUGUGGCAGAGCUGGGGGUCCGGCCUGGAGGAGGCCCUGUCAGCGUGGAGCUGGUGGGGCCCCGAAGCCAUCGGCUGAGACUCCACGGCUUGGGGCCCGAGGACAAAGGCGUAUACCACUGUGCCCCCAGCGCCUGGGUGCAGCAUGCUGACUACAGCUGGUACCAGGCGGGCAGCGCCCGCUCAGGGCCUGUCACCGUCUACCCCUACACGCACGCCCUGGACACCCUGUUUGUGCCCCUGCUGGUGGGUGCAGGGGUGGCUGUAGUCAUCGGCGCCACCAUCCUCGGCACCAUCACCUGCUGCUUCAUGAAGAGGCUGCAGAAACGGUGAUCCCUUGCUCCCCAGCAGCAGAAUGGAAGUCCCAGAACACAGCCGCCUGAGUGGCACAGAUGACAGCCGUCAGAAGAGGGCCCGGGCGUCCACAGAGCCCCUGCACGUGCCCGCCCCUACAGCCCUGCCUCACCCUGCCCCGCCAUGUCCCCGGGGCUCCCUGCAUUUGUCUUUGCUUUAGGACUCUCUGAUCCUAGAAUUCUCAGCUGUGCUGCACCUUAAGAGAUGCCCAGUCUACCUCUUUCAAUUCAGUUAUUUAAACAUUUAUUGAGCAUCA